AUGUCUGGCUCCGGUGGUGUUUCUAUUGCUCGAACCCGUGGAGAGAAUCGGUUCUAUGUUUCACCCGGGAUCCGAAAACAACAGCAAUUACAACAACAGAAGCAGCAGCAGCCCAAGCCGUCGAUUUCGAAGAAUUCAACGUUGGAGAUUGAGAAGAGAAAGGAGUCCGAUCAAUGUGGGUCGAAUUGUUCUGUUUCUGGACGGGUUGGGUCCGAGAGUAACCCCACGAAUUUGGAUCGAUUCUUGGAGCAUACUACUCCUGUUGUACCUGCGCAGUUUUUGCCAAAGACAAGUGUUAGGGGAUGGAGAACACGUGAAGUACAGCAUCACCAGAACUUGUAUUUUGUGCUUGGGGAUUUAUGGGAAUCUUUUAAGGAGUGGAGUGCAUAUGGAGCAGGUGUUCCUCUUCUGUUGAAUGGAAGCGAGACUGUUGUGCAGUAUUAUGUUCCCUAUUUGUCUGGCAUUCAGCUGUAUAUAGACCCAUCACGACCCUCCCUAAGGCUGAGGAGGCCUGGUGAGGAGAGUGAUACAGAGUCAUCCAGGGAAACAAGUAGUGAUGGUAGCAGUGACUAUGGAGCAGAGAGAGUAGCAAGCAAUGGUGUUUGGGAGCCUUUGAACCAGCUUAAUGUUACAGACACUAAUAUUCAGAGUUUGAGUAGACUCUCUCUGAGAAAUAAACCUUUAAGGGGUUCAUCUAGUGAUGAAUGUGAGAUUUCCAAUCCACCAGGUCGGCUUAUUUUUGAAUACAUGGAAUAUGCUUCACCAUUUACACGCCAACCUUUGGCUGACCAGAUUUCGGUUCUUGCAUCUCAGUUUCCAGAACUCAAGACAUUGAGGAGCUGUGAUCUAUCACCCUCAAGUUGGAUUUCGGUGGCUUGGUAUCCAAUAUAUAGGAUACCCAUGGGUCCAACCCUGCAGAAUCUGGAUGCCUGCUUUCUAACCUAUCAUUCUCUAUCAACAACCUUUCAAAGUCAAAACACUGAGCGGAUGCAACUUCAUGGUUCUACAGUUAGGGAGCUUCACCGUGCUGACAUGUCCCUCAAGCUACCUUUGCCGACUUUUGGGCUUGCUUCCUAUAAGUUUAAAGUUUCAUUUUGGAAUCCGAAUGGAUUAUAUGAAUGUCAAAAGUCUGGUUCAUUAUUAAGAGCUGCUGACAACUGGCUUAGGCUUUUGCAAGUUAAUCAUCCUGACUAUAGGUUCUUUGUUUCCCACAACACAAGCCCAAGGUGA